ACAGCUCUCCUAGUACACACGGCAGCAUGACGGAACACGGUAGUGAGAAGAUGGCGGAAGAAGAGCGGAAUGCCAGUGCAGAGAAACUCAAGGAGAAAGCGAAUAACUACUUUAAAGAUAAAGACUAUGAGAACGCCAUCAAGUAUUACACGGAGGCACUGGAGCUGAACCCGAGCAAUGCCGUCUACUACAGUAACAGGAGUCUGGCGUACCUGCGCACCGAGUGCUACGGCUAUGCGCUGGGGGACGCCACGAGGGCCCUGGAGCUGGACAAGAGCUACAUCAAGGGCUACUACCGGAGGGCCACCUCCAACAUGGCCCUGGGCAAGUUUAAAGCAGCGCUCAAAGAUUACGAGACGGUGGUUAGAGUUCGUCCUAAUGACAAAGAUGCCAAGAUGAAGUACCAGGAGUGUAAUAAGAUCGUCAAACAGAAGGCGUUUGAGCGGGCCAUCGCCAGCGACGAGCUCAAACGAUCGGUCGUCGACUCCUUAGACAUCGAGAACAUGAUGAUCGAGGAUGACUAUGCUGGACCUAAGCUUGAAGAUGGGAAGGUUACACUGAAGUUCAUGAAAGACUUGAUGGCCUGGUUCAAAGACCAGAAGAAACUGCACAGAAAGUGUGCUUACCAGAUGCUGGUUCAAGUUAAAGAGGUUUUAUCCAAGCUUCCCAGUCUUGUUGAAAUAUCAUUAAAAGAGACAGAAGUAUUAACUAUUUGUGGAGACACACAUGGCCAGUACUAUGAUCUCCUAAAUAUCUUUGAGCUGAACGGUUUACCAUCUGUAACUAAUCCAUACCUGUUUAACGGUGACUUUGUGGACCGCGGCUCUUUCUCUGUAGAAGUCAUUCUCAUGCUGUUUGGCUUCAAGCUGCUGUAUCCUGAACACUUCCACCUGCUUCGAGGGAACCACGAGACGGAUAACAUGAAUCAGAUGUACGGCUUCGAGGGUGAGGUGAAGGCGAAGUACACCGCUCAGAUGUUCCAGCUCUUCAGUGAAGUCUUCCAGUGGCUUCCUCUCGCUCAGUGCAUCAAUAACAAAGUGCUGGUGAUGCAUGGAGGACUGUUUAGUGAGGACGGUGUGAGCUUAGAUGAUAUCAGAAAGAUAGACAGGAACAGACAGCCUCCAGACUCUGGUCCGAUGUGUGACCUCCUGUGGUCAGAUCCUCAGCCGCAGGACGGGCGGUCCGUCAGCAAGCGCGGUGUGAGCUGUCAGUUUGGGCCUGACGUCACCGAGCGCUUCCUGGACCAGAACAAGCUGCAGUACAUCGUGCGCAGUCACGAGGUGAAGGCCGAGGGUUACGAGGUCACCCACUCAGGGAAGUGCAUCACCGUGUUCUCAGCGCCAAACUACUGUGACCAGAUGGGAAAUAAAGGAGCGUACAUUCAUCUCAGGGGAUCAGACCUCAAGCCAGAGUUUCACCAGUUUACUGCUGUGCCUCAUCCAGAUGUCAAGCCCAUGGCAUACGCUAACUCUCUGAUGCAGAUGGGUAUGAUGUAGAGGUCCGGAGCCACUCUCACAUUCUGAUCAUCUCUGUUUCCUCAUGUACACACGCACACUUUACUGUACUCAUACCUGUAGACACAUCGGGGAGAUGGCCAUCCCUUGGCUUAAUCCCCCCUCAUUCAUCUAGAGCUGCACAGUUUGAUUGGAUGUUUAGCUGUGUGAUAAAUGAGCUGAAUUUGACCAAAGACUGGGUGAGUGUAAACGACACAUCCCAAAGUAAGAGUGCUGAUGUAGAAUUAGAGCCUGUGACCAAGUUAUUGUGAGGAGCGGAGGCAAACAAUUCGAUUGAUGCUUUUACCCAAAGGUGUGUCUUUACAUAGGGCCUUUAUUUAGAAAUUUUACCCCACAAAAACACUUCACAGUCCUGUUACGUCUGAAGUACUGUAGGGAGGGAGAACAGCGUGACAUUUCAGUACUGUAGCAGUGAAGGUGUUGUGCACGCCAUCUAUAAAAAAAUUAAAAUAAACAUAAUAAAAGCCACUGGAAGGUCCACCCAGAGCGUCUGUCCUGAGCUCAGACUUCCUGUGAUAAACGUCACACAACAAAUCUUGGUACUGUGUCACUUCAGUAGUUUUUUGGCUCAUCUUUCAGAACAGGGAAGAGUGCAGUCUUGUGAAGCGCAGCAAGUGUUUGGUGUCCUCUGCUCUGUGUAGCUCCCAACACGCUCGACCGGAUGCUCUGGAGAUGCUCUGUAACCCUCGCACCUUCCACUGUCUGUCUAACAGAUCCCCAACCCUUAGUUAUAACACAGCAGAGAACCACCUUCCUCUCUUUAAACGCACAGCAGCCAUGUCCCAUGCCCUUGACUUUUUAGAGAACAUCAUUACACCAAUAUAUAUAAUAUGUAUAUAUAUGUAUGCAUAUAUAUAUAUAUACACACACACACACACACUGUAUAUUGGAAUUUCUGUGUACAUGUUUGGAGAAGAAGAAGAUACUGAAUAAAAGAUGCCAGUCCAAUACUG